AUGGGGUCUCUUCUAAAUCACUUUUUGAGUAAUGAUUUUCCUUAUCAAGCCGAUGAUAUUGAAGCCUUUUGGACAAGCUUUCUGGGGCUCGCGAAAGGCAUCGGAAAUAUGCAGGAACAAUCUAACAACGGGUAUGCAUGCGACAAUUACCUGCUCCACGGCGAUCUCAAACCUUCAAACAUUCUUCUCUUUCAAGGGAGGAAUCCCGCAGAUAGCAAGCACUCUUUUAUGCUCACAAUUACGGACUUUGAUAGUAGUCGAAUUGGCUCGAUCAACGAGUCUCCAGAUGGGAGCGCCCCUCACCGUCUGAGAAGCACUCGGACGUAUGGUCCCCCUGAUGUCUAUUCGAUUAACGAUGGCAGACAUAGAACAAAUCAAUCAGUUGAUGUAUGGUCUUUUGGAUGUAUCUUGAUGGAAGUGGCUGUGUGGAUCACAGGAGGGUUUAAAGCUCUUGAAAGUUUUAAAGUGGCCCGUGUGGAAGAGGCUUCCAAGAUACCUGACUUUCAUGAAAUUGGGUUUUGUGACUGCUUUCAUCAAGGAUAUGAUCUUUUGUCAUCUGUUAAAGAGUGGGCUCGGAUUGUUCAAGAAAAUGCGCGACGCAACGACAACAUCACGCCGAGGAUGGCAGAUUUUAUUUUGAACAGUCUGCUGCGACCGGAAAGUUUUAGAUGUUCUCCUCGAAGCUUAGAGGCUAACAUGAGAGAUAUUAUAUCCUCAACGAAGGUCGUAUCUCAAGCAUAUCACAGCCGGAUCGAGCAGCAUCCCCCUUCGCCUAGCUCCAUUGGCUCUAUACCUCCUACCAUCAUGAGGACAUCAAUGGUCCAGCCAGUUCUAUCAAUUCAAACUUCGCCUCAACAUAACCUAUCAGAGAUGAUGGGAUCUCCUCUUUUCAUCAUCGAUAAUUCUAGGUCGAUGUUUGAGCAUCAAGCAGCUGUCAUCGAAGCCGUCGAUAACCUCGCUUACCUUGUGAAGCAACUUGAUCCAGAUGGCGGUGAGAUUAGGUGGACAUCUAGUCCCCAGACAAAGGACAGCUUCUCCAAUAGUACCCAAGCUGGAGAUUCUGCUAGAAGAGCUUUCGCGGAAAGAAGCCAGGUCGACUGUAAUAUUGAGGGAGCUCUAAUGGAGGCUUUACCAACCAACUUCCGGUCCGGGUUGAUGGUCAGCGGGAGUUCUUGGGGAAUUAGAUCGGGCCUUAGUCGCAUCCGCUAUAAUUCCUCAGCAAAACGCCUCAGUGUCUUGAUAUUCACGGACGGUGUUUGGGUUCCUUCAGAUGGAGGGCUAUGCGGAGCAGAGCGCCCGAUUGAGCACCUGAUUCAGCAAAUGAAAAGUCAAGGUGUUCAGAGGUCAGGCAUAGCUGUCCAGUUCUUACGAUUUGGUUCUGAUCCCGCUGGAAUUGGACGACUGGACUAUCUGGAUAAUGACUUAGCUAAGAAGCCAGAGAACCAAGGAUUUGAUAUUGUCGACCAUAAGUCUGAACAGGACAGCGUUUGGGGAAUAUUGAUAGGCUCGGUUUUUGAGGCAAUGGACCACCUGGGCUAA